AUGUAUCAUGCCGUUUCUGCAAUGAGUUCUUUAGCUUUAAUACGUACAGUUCCUUUUGAUUUUGGUUCAAUUAAUGGAGAAAGUGCAAUAUUCUUAGCGUUAUAUCUACUAGAAAUUGUAAUUCUUUUUAUUUGUUUAGUUUAUUUCGCAAAACAGCGGCGAAUACCUCUAUACUUACUCAUAACUUCAAAGUAUCUUGAGGUUGUAUGCUACGCUGCUCUUUAUCCAGGUAUUUGCUCUUAUUUAGGCUCAUCAAUAAAAGAUUCAAGCAAAUUGAUAUCUCUCACGUAUCUGUUCAUAUUCUUCUUAAUUGUCCUAAGAAUGCAAAUAAUCUACACAAUUAUCCAAAAUACAUUAAACGCAAGCGAACAAUUUUUCUUUACGACAUAUUAUUCGGUGUCAUUGAGAUUAGUCUCUGCCAUUAGCAUCAUAUCAUUUGGAUUCAAUGCAGUAUCAAACCGUUUGAUUGAAAAAGGCAUUCCUUCCUUCUUUAUUUUAUUAAUUUUCGCAUAUCUAUUUUACAAAGAAGUAACGCGUAUUAAUUGGACAUUUUCUUACCAACAAGUCAUUAUACAGACUAUUUUAUUCACUUGCUUCUUUACAUCUUUGAUUAUUUCUCUUUCAACGGUUAUUUCUGACUUUUUGUCACCGGAAAUUGUUUUUUGUGUCUUCUUGGUCAUAACAUUCCUUUCCUUUGGCUAUUUCAUCACUUUUUCAAUUCGCGAGAAGAAUCGCGUACUUCAAGCCCUUUCUAGACCGAAUUACGCCGAAUACGUACCAUCAGCCAAACGUGCCGCAAUGGAUUUGAUGAUUGGAUUGAGAGAAGCAGCACCUUCCAUCAUAAAUUUGACUCAUGUCAAACAAUUAUUCGACAGGUUCCAUGAUAACUUUGAUUUAUGCCAAGCAUUGGCAUUCCAGUGCCUUAUAUUCGAUGAUUUCCCAAUCGAUUCCACGGAAUUGAGGAAAUCUUUGAUUCAAAAAGGUUCAUUUCUGCCUUUGAAGGAUGUUUUCGACUUGAGCUUGAUGACAUAUAUGGUAAGAGCCAGAAAUCUUACAGGAUAUCGAAAAGAUGUUGUUAAAAUUCAAAAGCAAAUGUGGAAAUUAUUAUGUUCAAUGUCAGAAUUCUUCAAAUGCGUUAUGAAUGAAAUGACAGAUGCUAUACCUUUAAGAACCUACCCUUACCACAAGCUAAUCCAGAAAACUUCCAAAUCAUUGUUGUCAUUUCUCCAAACUUAUCCAAACAACGAAGAUGGUGCCUUUUUCCUUGACUUAUUCAAACGUGUAUCUCCUAACCAUCCAAUGAUCCCCGAAAUGGAGUUUUGGGCCAAUUACAAAGAUAAUUUCAUUGAAUCAGCACUUGAAAUCUUUCCAAAGCUUAUUUCCGUGGUCAUACAUAAUCCUGAUCGACUGGAGAGUUACGUACAAACAACUCCGAACAUCAUUGGCCAUGGUGUUGUCGAAAUGCUGAAGAAUGAGGAGAAUUUCACGGGAAGACCAACAACAAGGCUUGCAAAGAAAGGUCCAUUCAUUAGUUCAUUUACUCAUCCUAUUCUUAUCAUUAUAACUAUCUUCUUUUUCUUGUAUUUGGUUGUUUUGGUCCCUUACAUGCUUUCUACAGUUCAACAAGGCUCAAACGUGACAAGAAUCAAGUUUAUUUACAGAGUAUUGAGACGUAUCAAGAGAUUACAGACUUUCCUGUUCCCUGUCGAGUUGUUUUACAGAAAUCCGAAUAAAGAAGUUACUGAUUUCUGGUCGAACAUCGAAGAUUACAAUUCCUACAGAGAUAAACUGAUUGAAAACAUUACACAGUUACAAGACAACAUUUCACAGUUUCUCACUGUAGGAGGAGACUCAACAACCGAAAUUUCGUCAGUUUUUACGAAUUUGUCUGAUGAAAUUUAUUACAUUCCACUUUUGAAAUCGAAUUUUAGUUUGUACCACGCGAUCUUUCCUUUCCUGUUUAUCUCAGCUGAACUGGCAUUGAAUGACACACAGUUCAUCAAAUAUGAUACAGGAUCAAUCAACGAAUCCUUGAAUUUAUUGGAUGAAAUCACAAAUUUAAGUAAUUUGUUCAUUGACGAUGUAAGUGGCGAAGUUUACAAUGUUGAGUUAAUGGAAAGCGCGAAACCAAUGUUUUACUAUACAGUUAUCUUCGGGUUCCUUCAUUUGAUCGCUAUACCAUUGAUUAUCUUCAUUUCUAUCAAGAAAGCAAAUGCAAGGAAUUCAAUUUUCUUCUCAAGUUUGAGAGAUACUCAAAAAACCGCUUUGUCAGCAAUUAACGUUUUCCUUCAAAGUCAAAUGCGAAAUGUCUGGGGAAAUAACAACAUCUGGCAUGCAUCUAACGCUUACCAGGGUGGCUCCCUUCUUUCUAUCAUCAUCCCCGUAGUAAUCUAUUUCGCAGGUUCAGUUGCAACAGGUGCUGUAAUGAUUGUCAAAUUUCAAAGUUAUACUGACCAAUUAAAUAUGAUAAAAAGUGACUUUUUAAGAGUAAAUUCACAAUUUGCUAUGCUAUGUGAUAUUACUCAGACGAACUUUUAUAUCUAUUUCAGUGACGACAAUGACAGUAUGAAGCAAACAUACAUUGAUAAAUUGGAAGAACUACAUUCCGAUUUCAUUUUCCAAUCAGAAAAAAGAUCACAAGAAGUUAACAACGAUACAACUUAUUCUGAUACAUAUAAUAACUGGUUGGACAAUGCAAUUAUCCAGAAAUGGGUUGCUUCAUCUGCUUUGCUUGUUGAAUUGGAAAGAGUUCCUCAAGAAUAUAUAACACAGUUACAAGUUUUCUUCAGCGAAGUUGACCCUGUUUGUACAUUGUUAAUUGAUGAAAUGUCAAAAUCAUGGAAAGAUCAAAUAACUAUGACAGGUAUUGAUAUUAUUAUUUGUGGUGUUUUCUUCUCUUUGAUUCCUUUUUUGUUGUAUUUGUUUGUUCUUUUGACGUUGCAAAGAUUCGAUGCUCCUUUCAUGGAUACUGUUUCUUUGUUGGAACAUUUGAAUGAAAAAGCUCUUUCUAAUGAUACAACACGUGCUCUCAACAAUUCAGCAACACAAUUAGAAAGAAAUGAACUCGAUUUCGACCAAACAUUUUAUGAUAUAAUUCUGCAAACUCUUCCUGACCCUGUUUUCGUUAUAAACAUGAACCAAGUCAUUAUAACAAUGAACACGGCUGCAACGAAAAUGACAGUGAAGGGACCACAAAGCAAAAUGAUUUGCGAUGCAUUGAAUAUACAAUUGACGUCGGCUACAUUCGAUGCAACUCCUUUGGACUUCAUUAUAUCUAGUUACAUACAGGAAGAUAGAAUUACUGUUGUGACUUAUGAUAUAAUUGGAACUUAUAGAGAUAGAAGAAGAUAUUAUUCUUUGACAAUUUUGCCACUUUUCAAAGGUGAACAAAAUUCAAUCAUCGGAAGAAGUCAUGGUGCUACGAUGUUUUCUUUAACAUUCCAUGACACAACGAACGAGAUUGUACAGCAGGAACUUAUCGAGAAAGAAACAUCUAAGUUCAUGCAAAUCAUCAACCAAAUUUUGCCAAAAGAAAUCGCUUCUCAAUUACUUAAAGACCAAAAGUCGAUUUCUAUGACAGUUGAAAAAGUUUGUGUCUCUUUCUGCGAUAUCGUUCAGUUCACUCCAUGGUGUGCAAGUCAAACAGCUGAAGGUGUCGUCAACACUUUGAACACAAUGUUCACUUUGUUCGAUGACAAAUGUUUGAGAUACAGAUCUGUAACAAAAAUCAAAACAAUUGGUGAUUGUUACAUGAGUGCAGCUGGUAUUUUUGAUAAAGGUGAUUCUGUAUCAGAAAGCUCCCAUCAAAUGCUAAGUUUCGCUUUGGAUUUAGUUGAUUCUAUCAAUGAAGUUAAUGCUAAACUUGGCACAAAACUGAGAGUAAGAGUUGGUGUUGCUUUUGGUGGACCAAUUUCUGCUGGUUUGAUGGGUAUAAGAAAGCCUGCAUUCGAUGUUUACGGACAAGUUGUUAAUGACGCACAAGCAAUGGAAAGUGGUGGAGAACCAAUGAAAGUUCACAUCAAUAAAGAAUUGUAUGAUAUUGUGAACGACGCAAAGAAUGUCAUUUUCAAUAUAAGAGAGGAUGGAACAGUUCUUUGCGAAAGAAAACAGAAACUUUAA